UUUAAUUGUUCUUGUGUGAUGUCGUGUGUAAAAAAAGGAAACGAAUAUAACUUACAUUUUUUAUCUCGAAAAAGAUUUUUUUCAGAUUAAUUGAGAUUACCGUGAUUAGAAAGGCAAAAGCAUCGAAAUUCAAAAUCUCCUUUUUUUUCUGAAAAUUUUUGUACGAAAGCCGUAAUAGUAGCCCCUUCAUAAUACAAGCCCCCCCCUAAAAAUUUUGAACGCUUGGACAGUUUAGAAGCCCCGGAGGCUUCUAUUAUGGGGGGGGGGGUUUACUUGUGUUUUUUCUCAUGAAUGAAUGUUCUGUUGCUGUUAACUGUUGCUUACCUUGAACGUUUCGCUUUGAGAGGUUUUAUCUACUUUUAUACAAUUUAUCUGAAGUUCUAUUUACGUAGAGAUGCGUGUACUAACUUUAUGCUCUUUGCAGAUUUUAGUCCAACAAAUUACCUUUUCAUUUGAGCAUGCAUAUUGAUUUAAUCGUGGUCAAAAGUAUUGUGAAAGAAAAAGAGAAAAAUUCAUUCAGCCGCACCAUACAAUUCUAAACUUUCUUGCUUGGCACGUCAGUAAUGACGGUUUCCUGAAUAAUAAUAUUGCUUUAAAAUUUUAUGAAGCAGAGACUUACUUUGAUUUUAUUCGAUAGUUUCUUUUAAAGGACCAUGUAUUAUAGCAGGCAAUAAAUUAUGUUUAUAUUGUGAAACACGAGAUGCUGUUAUCCGAAUUUAUCAACCAAAUCCAUAUUUAUUAUUACCACCGCUAUCACUUGGAUCAAUCUCAAAUCAAAUAUCACAAAUUUCCAAUGCUUUUAUUCGUGAACAACAAGAAGAUGCCAGCGAGUUUUUGAAUUAUUUAUUGUAUAAAAUCAGUGAUUGUUUAAAUCCAAUUCAAGUAUUUUCAUCCAAAAUUAGUAUCGCACAGUAUUCAACACAAGGAAUAACAAUAAUGAAUGAGCAGCCACAACAUCAUUAUAAUCAUCAUCAUUUAAUAACAGCACAAGUAGAUCAAUUUGAAGUACCAAAUGGAAAAUAUUCUAAUAGCUCGUUGAAACGAAUCUCAUUGAACGAGAAACAAAAAAUUUCCCUAUGUAACAGUACAAUUACAAUUGGACCUCAAUCGAUUAAAAGAGUAUUCGGUAGCACAAUCACUUUUGGACCACAAAUGGAUGCAUUAAAAACACCAUCAUCGGAUCAAGUUAUUAUACAUCCAAUAUCGCCAAUGCUUGAUGCUGAUGAUAGUAACAAUUAUACAAGUGAACAAAAACAAAAAGUAAUACAAACAGCUUCUAGAAUGGAAGAUGAUAAACAAUUAAGCCAUAGCUCAGCUUCUGAUGAUGAGGUACCUUCAAAGAAAUUCAAAUCAAACAAGGACCUGCAUGUGUCAGAUGACAAUACCAUGCCACCACCAUCAAGCAAUGAUCAUAUUUUUAUACAAACAUUACGUCCAAAUUGCCAAUUUAAAUUAUCAGGUUUUGAUCUACUGAAGUUAAACCAUAUUCGGCAAGUGGAUCACUCAACAACAACAACAACAACAACAACAACAACAAGAAAAACGAUAUUCAAAACAAAAGGACAACAUCAACCGAUUAUAAAAACAGCUAAUUACAAAAAAAUAGUUGACGUCGAUUAUUUGUAUAUUUUAUUACCAUAUUUAAAAAAAUUUAAUUCAUUUUGUGCUUUAUGUAUAUCGCAAAGAUAUUUUGGAAAACAUUUAUUGAGACCAACUAGUUAUUUAUUAAAGUGUUAUAUCCAUUGUCGCGCCCAAGCAAAAAAAUGCCUUUGA